AUGGGUUGUCAAGAUACUGACAGGAAAGGACAUCAACGGGGUAGGGAAAGACAAGACAACAGAAGAAGAGAUGGCAACGAUGAUUGGCAGAGAGGAAAACGAGGGAGCUCCACAAGCGGAGGCGGUGGGCCGCGUGGUCCUCAACUGGGCUUUAUAUCCCUUCAAGAGCUUUCUGAAAAGGAGCCAUCUGUUGUGGCUCUCACCCUCUCUUCUCACCCAGCCCUGCCGGGCUUGCUUCAGCAGACCGGCAAGAGUCGGGAAUUUGUGGAACUCCUCUGCCUGGUGCUCAGCAAAGCCUUCAAUUCUCGCUCAAACCGAGUCACCCUACAGCGCCUGGCUAGAAUUUUGAAAGACUCCAACUUCUUUCGCAUGACUCUCCCCCACUACCUGGCAGGCAUGAGGUUAGAGUCCAUCCCAGACCACAGAACAGUAUUCCCACAGCCACUGAAAAACAUUGUAUUGAUUCUUAAACAGGUCCUCUCCAACUUUCCCGCUAGCUCGGUCGAAACUGGCGGCUUGCUCCUGACGCUGCUGCAAACCUCCAUUGACAGACUAAGAACAGCAGGAGUUAACAUAGCAGACGAGCUGAUGAAAAACAUGGGAAAGCUCCAGGCUAUGGUUGAGCACUUCGAAGAGAAGUCUCGGGAAGGAACUCUCAACCCAAGAAGAGACAACUAUGGGCUAGAGUUAAAUUUUUCAGAUGAAGAGGACGAACAACCAGCUUUCAGGACCACCCCCAUAUACCCGGCUGCUGAGGAGUUCUCAGAGGACUACAGGCCCUUUCUCAGACCGAAUAAUACUUCAAAGCGAUAUACUAACACCCUGAUCUACCUGGACACACAUUUCAGGCUCAUGAGGGAGGACUUGGUACGGCGACUCCGGGAAGGGAUACAGCAGUUGCAUCAGGUGCAAACGGAGGCAGACAAUACAGAUCUGAAAACAAAGCACUUUGAUGACAUCCUCGUGUAUUUUGAUGUGAAACUGGAGUCUCCUAAGUGCAUGCUGACUGGUCUUGCACAUGUUAUCCAGUUCGAUGUUCAGCCCUUAAAGUUUGUGCGUUGGGAAAACUCCAAGAGAUUACUCUUUGGUUCUCUGGUUUGCCUUUCCUCCGAUAAUUUUGCGAGCUUUCUGUACGCCACUGUGGCAGACCGGAACCCCAAGGAUCUUACCAAGGGGAAGGUUACUAUUAUGUUCACUGAAGACAGCAGAUCCAAGUUGGCCAGAAUGGAGGACGAACAGGUUUUUGUGAUGGUUGAGACCCCUGCCUACUUUGAGGCCUAUCGCUAUGUUCUCGAAGGCCUGCAAGAACAAGAUGAAAAUAACAUGCCCUUUCAGAGGUAUAUUGUGGAGUGUGCCACAGAUGUAUGGGCACCUGCAUAUCUGAGAAGAAGUGACAUUUACAAUCUUUCAUCCAUUGCUGAUGAUAUCUACAAGGCGUGUAUCCGACCAUUUCACUCCCUGAAUGACAACGCCUGGCCUCAAAAAGAGGUGUUCAGUUUGGAUGAGUCCCAAAUGAAAGCCCUCCAACUGGCUCUGACAAAGGAGCUGGCCAUUAUACAGGGACCCCCUGGAACUGGAAAAACUCAUGUCGGUUUAAAGAUAGCAAAGGCUAUUCUGAAAAACGAAGAUCUCUGGAAAGAUCCAGGGAGGAAUUCUCCAAUUCUGGUUGUUUGUUACACUAACCAUGCAUUGGAUCAGUUCCUCGAGGGGAUCUUCAAGUUCAUGCAUUCAGGCAUCGUGAGAGUGGGGGGCCGCAGCAACAGUGAGAUCCUGAAGCCUUUCAAUCUGAGGGAGCUGGUCACUUUACCCAAGUUCAAACAGAAACGGCCAUCUUACCUUAAUCAAGGAUUCAAAGAUAUUCGCACUGAGUUAAAUUUUUUGGAAGAUGAGAUUAAAAACCAUACCCGGAAACUUCAAUGCACUUUAAUGGGUGUCCUGAAUGACAGAAUCCUCCAGAAAUUCAUGAAGGAAAGCCACUGGGCCAGUCUGCACAAACCAAUUGACCUCGGAAUGUGGUUUGGCAAGUCCAGUUUAUUGAUGGAGUGGUUAGGUUUGACUCCCGGCAGCGUCCAGCAGAUGGAGACUGAGGACGGGAAUGGGAAUGAAGAUGAGGAAGUAACAGGGAUGCAGCAGGACGAGGAGGUCAUUGAAAUUGCAGAGGAGGCUGAACUGAUCCAGGCCGAACGCAUCGUCGAGGACGAAAUUGACUUGGGACGUCGCAAGGACCCCAAAAAGGAACGUGAAAUGGAGGAGGCAGCCCUGAAACUGAUGCAGAGAGAAAUGCUGGCGAGCGUAGAUCAGGACGACAAAACUUCUGAGCAGACUCCAGAAGAAUGGAUGUUUCAAAGCAAACAGAAGAAGAAGUUGAAGCGCAAAGUCAUGAAAGAGGUGGCCAAAAAGACGGUGAUGCGUGAAGAACAGGAGCAGUUGAUCUUGGAUCUUUGGCAACUUGACAUGGAGGCCAGAUGGAACCUUUAUCGGUUGUGGAUGAAACGCUACAGAGCUGACAUUCGUGACGAAUUGGUCAUUUCCCAGGAGUUAUACCAACAGGAAGCGGAUCGAUAUGCUGAAAUCAAACGUCAGGAGACUCUUUUGGUCCUCCAAAACGCCAAGGUCAUCGGCAUGACAACAACAGGGGCAGCCAAAUACCGGAAGGCCCUACAAGAAGUACAACCCCAUGUGGUGAUUGUAGAAGAGGCGGCAGAGGUUCUGGAGGCCCACAUUGUCACUGCGCUGAGUCAAGAAUGUCAGCACCUCAUUCUCAUAGGAGACCACCAGCAGCUACGCCCCAGUUCCACAGAGUAUGAUUUGGAGAAGAAUUACAAAAUGGGGGUGUCCAUGUUUGAGAGGCUGGUCAAUAUGGGACUUCCAUUUGUCAGGCUCAACCAACAGCAUCGAAUGAGGCCAGAAAUCGCCAGCCUGUUGACGCCGCACAUUUACGAAGACCUGCAAAACCAUCCCUCUGUGUUGAACUUUGACAACAUUAAGGGUUUGAAAACCAAUUUGUUCUUUGUGGAGCACAACCAACUGGAAAAACAGUUCAAGGAGGGAAAAAGCCAUCAGAACCAACACGAGGCCACAUUUGUCGUCGCCCUUUGCCGUUACCUUCUACUUCAAGAGUACAAACCUGAGCAGAUUACCAUCCUAACGACAUACACAGCCCAGUUCCAAUGUCUGCGCAAACUCAUGCCUGCCGCACAAUUCUCAGGCGUCCGAGUGCACGUAGUGGAUAAGUACCAAGGAGAAGAGAACGACAUCAUCUUGUUGUCUUUGGUGCGUAGCAACACGCAGGGUAGAGUGGGCUUCCUCAACAUCUCCAACCGCGUCUGCGUGGCUUUAUCUCGGGCAAAGAAAGGUCUCUACUGUAUCGGCAACAGUGAAAUGCUAGGCCAGGUGCAGCUAUGGCACAACAUCUUCAGCACUUUAAAGGAGAAGGAUCAGAUCGGGCCCUCCCUAACUCUGUGCUGCCCAAAUCACCCGGAACGGAAGAUCCAAGCCUUUCGUGCAGAAGAUUUCAAGGAGGCUCCCGAAGGUGGCUGCACCCAACCUUGCGAGUUCCGUUUAGACUGCGGCCACGUGUGCGCGAGCGUCUGCCACGCCUACGACAAGGAGCACGAACAAUACAAGUGUCUUAAGGACUGCACGAAAAUUCUAUGCGAUUUAGGACACAAAUGCCCACAAUCCUGUUAUCAAGAUUGUCCGGAGGAAUGCCCAAUCAAGAUUGAAAAGACCAUACCUAUGUGUGGGCACAAACAAAUGGUUCCCUGUUUCCAGGACCCGAGCACAUUUUUGUGCAAAAUGCAAUGCCAGAAAACGCUCCAGUGCGGACAUCCCUGUACAUCAUGGUGCAGCAUGCCAUGCACCAGCAAGUGCAUCGUCAGUGUCACGCUCCAACUAAGAUGUGGUCAUAGGCAGGAGGGUGCUUGUUUCUACCAAACCGUAGAUGACGUAGAUGACGAGCCUCUGUGUAAGACCCCGUGCAAGCAGCAGCUUGAAUGCGGCCACGCCUGUCGUGGAACCUGCAGCCGAUGUUACAACGGUCGCUUCCAUUUGGCCUGUUCUUACAAGUGCGAUCGUCUCCUGAUAUGUUCCCAUAAGUGCACGGGGAACUGCAACCGUGACUGUCCGCCCUGUCAGAAGCCCUGUGAGAACUGCUGCGUCCACAGCAAGUGCAUGAAGAAGUGCGGGGAACUCUGCUCGCCGUGCAACGAGCCUUGCGCAUGUCAAUGCCCUCACCAAAGCUGCGGCAAGCUAUGCCACGAGCCGUGCGAUCGGCCGCCGUGCACCCAGCCCUGCGCCCUGACCCUGGAUUGCGGCCACCCGUGUAUCGGCUUGUGUGGAGACAAAUGUCCCAGCGAAUGCCGCGUCUGUGACGAAGACAAAGUCACGGAGAUUUUCUUUGGCACGGAGGACGACCCCGAGGCUCGCUUUAUCCGGCUGGAAGACUGCGGCCACAUUAUCGAGCACGAGUCCAUGGAUGCUUACAUGAGCAUGGAUGAUGACCAACAGGCCGACCGGGAAGGGCAGAUGGCCAUAAAACUAAAGGAGUGUCCAAAGUGUCGAACUCCUAUUCGCAAGAACCUACGCUACGGAGCUCACGUUAACAAAAGUCUGGCGGCAAUAGAGAUGGUCAAGAAAAAGAUCAACGGGGAUCAGGUGAACGUGAAAAAGCGCAGUGAGGAGCUCAAGUUGCCGUUGAUGAGCCUUUUACAGGAAGGUAUGCUUUUCGAAGCGCAAUACCUGGAAAUGGAACGUGUGCUGAAAAGCAAACAAAUCACGGCGCUUGAUAUAUGGGUCAUAGAAAACAAGGUGAACUUCAUUACAAGGAUUCAGAAACUACGGAAGGUCGUGAAAGAUCAAGUCGUAGACUUCAGAGUGAUGACAGAUACUUUCCUGUCGUGGGUUAAUAACCCUUUCCAGAAAUUCACCGAGCAGCAGCUGUUUGAUUUGCAACGGGAGCUGCAGAGGCUCACGCUCUGGGCGGAAUUCAUCGUUCUUUCGAGCAAAGCGGCCAUGCUCCGCAAAAGUAACAUAAUCGAAACCGAGAAGCAAAUAGCGGAUGAAGGGCUGAAAAAGCACGGCCAGUUUACCGAGCGCGACCAACGAGCGGUCACCGAGGCUUUGGGGGUGAUGAAGCAAAAAGUUCCCGUUACCGGUUUAGGGAUCAGCGACGAGGAGAGAAAGAUGAUCGUCUCGGCUAUGAAUAUGCGCUCGGGACAUUGGUACAAAUGUCCCAACGGUCACGUCUACCUUAUCACGGAGUGCGGCGGGGCUAUGGAGGCCCGACGCUGCCCUGAUUGCAAUGCCACCAUCGGCGGGCAAAGCCACAGGCUGGCCAGCGGCAACGCAGUCGCAACUGAGAUGGACGGGGCACGACACGCCGCUUGGUCCGAAGCUAAUAACCUGCUUAACUUCGGAAAUCUUAACCUUGACUGA